AGAAGCGCAUUGCUGUGAGGCAAAUGGAGGAAUCGCAGUCGACUGCUGCAGCGUCCACGACGAUCCUAGAGGGGGCGACCCCCAUGGGAGGCGUGGGGGACAUAACCCUCUAUGAAGGCAUCGUGAGGAAACAAAGUGGUGACCUCGCGUGGAAGCGACGGUACUUGUGCAUCCGCGGGGCACUCGAAGAGGGUGAGCGCCUGGACGCGGGGAGGAUUCCGAGGUUCAAGAGCCUGGACCUCGUGCUGGCUGUGUCGAAGGAGACGAUGCGGCAACAGUGCAUUGCGACGCCGUUUGCCGAGCUGGAGGACGUGUUCCCCGUUCCGAGCAAGUACACUGGGUCGAAUGCGCGGCACGUGUUUGCUGUGGCCUUCAAGACUGGAAAGCGUCUUCUCUUUCAGGCCCGUGGUGAUCCUGAGCGGGAUGAGUGGAUGCAAAAGUUCCAGGAGGCGCUCGGAAUUGAUGACGAUGAGUAG